CUCAGAGUAGACACACCCCUUGCCUGACAGAAGCAGGUGCAAGCUCUCUGAGGGAGGGCGUGCCUUCCUCUUUCAAAACGUGGGUGGCAAACAGACAUAGCCGUAUAGAAGACAGGAGUGCUGAGGUAAUGACGACAGAACAGACCUGUGCAGAUUUCAGGUAGUUACCAGGCACAGGCCAGACAGCAUGGAGGUUUGUUUAGAAAUACAGAAAAAGGGCUGCAGAGAUGGCUCAGUGGUUAAGAGCACUGACCGCUCUUCCUGAGGUCCUGAGUUCAAUUCCCAGCAACCACAUGGUGGCUCACAACCAUCUGUAAUGGGAUCCGAUCCCCUCUUCUGGUGUGUCUGAAGACAGCUACAGUGUACUCACAUACAUUAAAUAAAUAAAUUUAAAAAAAAAGAAAGAAAAAUAAAUACAAAAAAAGUUUGAAGAAACCUGAACAAGAAACUAUGGAAUCAAAGCUAGCAUAUAAAAAAAUGGAGUCAAAAUUAAUAAUUUCUAUGAAUAUUCAUAGAAAUAAUGAAAAUAUAAUGCCAGGGCUGGAGAGAUGGCUCAGCGGUUAAGAGCACCCGACUGCUCUUCCAGAGGUCAUGAGUUCAAUUCCCAGCAACCACAUGGUGGCUCACAACCAUCUGUAAAGAGAUCUGAUGCCCUCUUCUGGUGUAUUUGAAGACAGCUACAGUGUAUUUAUAUAUAAUAAAUAAAUAAAUCUUUAAAAAAAAAAGAAAGAAAAUAUAAUGCCAAAAUUUAUUUGGGGGGGGGGGGCUGGAGAGAUGGCUCAGUGGUUAAGGGCACUGACUGCUCUUCCAAAGGUCCUGAGUUCAAAUUCCAGCAACCAUAUGGUGGCUCACAACCAUAUGUAAUGAGAUCUGAUGUCCUCUUCUGGUGUGUCUGAACAGCCACAGUGUACUUAUAUAUAGUAAAUAAAUAAAUCUUUAAAAAAAUUAUUUUUUUAAAACCAGUUAGGGGGUUGGGGAUUUAGCUCAGUGGUAGAGCACUUGCCUAGCAAGCGCAAGGCCCUGGGUUCAGUCCCCAGCUCCGAAAAAAAGAAAAAAAAAAAAUAGGAUGUCUGACACCUUCGUCUGGCCACCUUGAGCACCAGGCACAUAUUUAGUGCCCAGACAUACGUGCGGGCAAAACACCCAUACACAUAAAAAUAAAGUCACAAUUAAAAAUAAAUAGAAACUAUUUAGGUAGUUGAGAAUGUGGCCUAAUGGUACAGUGCUUCCUUAGCUUGCACGAAGCCCUGGAUUGGACCCCUAGUACUCCGUGUCAUCCCAGUACUCAGCAGGUGGAGUCAAGAGGAUCGCAGGUUCAAGUCCACCCUUGAGCUACCUAUUGACUUUGAGGCUAGCCUGGUCAGAGGUGGCAGCGUAUGCCUGUCAUCCCAGAAUGUGGAAAGUGAAGGAAAGAGAAUCCUGAGCCAAGGCCUGUCUUAGCUAUAUAGCAAGUUCACAAACAGCUGGGCUAUAAAAAAAAAAAAAAAAAAAAAAAAAAAAGGGUCACCGCCCGAGUGCAUCUUUAAUCCCAGCAUUUGGGAGGCAGAGAGUUCAAGUCCUGCACUACAGAGUGAGUUCCAGGACAGCCAGAGCCACACAGAGAAACCCUGCUUCCGAAAAGAAAAAAGAAAAAAGUGCAUAGCUGAAAAGAUAAAAAAAAAAAAAGGAAAAAAAAUCAGCAGGCAAAAGAUAAAAAUGCAGAUGUCAUAGAAACAAGACCAAAAAAUAAGAAGACAGAAGGCCUAGCAUGUUCCUUGAAGCUCUAGAGAGAGAAGAAAGGCAGUGGGGGAGGGGACUGUUAGAAGACGCUACACAGAGACAGUUUCUUACACUAAGGAAAGACACCAAGACACAGGCGCAGAGAGCUCAGUGAACCGGGCGUGGAUGGAUCAGGCCCUGUCUCACGACUCCCGAGGGAGCUAACACCACUGGAGAAGGCCUCCCUACAAAACCAGAAGCUGAGGGCCACAUAUGAGGCCCGGAUGGCCCGUCUGGACCCCAGCCAGGCCAUGCAGAAGACAUCACUGACUCUGUCUCUACAGCGGCAGAUGAUGGAGAAUCUGGUGAUCGCCAAAGCAAGAGAAGAGACACUGCAGCGGAAGAUGGAGCAGCGCCGCCUGCGACUUCAGGAGGCUGCCAACAGGAGGUUCUGCAGUCAAGUUGCUCUGACCCCAGAGGAGCGGGAGCAGCGAGCCCUGUAUGCUGCCAUCUUGGAAUAUGAGCAAGACCAUGACUGGCCAAAGCACUGGAGAGCCAAGCUCAAGCGGAGCCCAGGGGACCUGUCGCUGGUGACCAGCCUGGUCUCCCACCUGCUCAGCCUUCCUGAUCACCCCAUUUCCCAGCUCCUGAAGAAGCUCCAGUGUGCAGUAUACAGUGCACUGUACCCUGUUGUGAGCCGGGCUGCUAUCUGUGCUGUGCCUGCCCCAGGCAGCUGCUCCCUGCCCCCAGAAGCCAAUGGCCUCCUAGCUCCUGGGAGCCGGCGACUUCGGUCCUCCCAGAGCCUCUACUGCAUGCUCUCCCCCUCAGAGCCCAGUGCAGCCCCGAGAGCUCUGGACGGACCUCCUUCCACACCUUCUAUCCCCAUACUCCACUCAGGCACCCUGGACAGAGAGGCAGAUGGCAGCCCAGCAGGGCCCUCCUCACCCCUGGUGGGUGCUUUACCCCACCUGCCAGACAAGGACAGCUCCUUUGAGGACCUGGAACAGUUUUUGGCUAUGUCUGAGCCACAGACCCCAGGAGCAAAGAGGGAGCCCUUGCUGGAAUGUCUGAAGAGCACAGUAAAGGACAUUCACAAUGCCAUCGACAGACUGCUCUCGCUGACCCUAUUGGCCUUCGAAAGCCUGAAUACAGCCACCUGCAAAGACCGCUGCCUGGCAUGCAUCGAGGAGCCCUUCUUCUCCCCACUGUGGCCCCUGCUGCUAGCCCUCUACAGGAGUGUGCACCGUACCCGGGAGGCUGCUGUGAGCAGGAGCAUGGAGCUGUACAGGAACGCACUCCCUACAGCCCUUGGCAUCCCCACCAAGCUCCUCCCAUGCGUCCCUGAGGCUCAAGCCUCCACCUACCCCUACUGCACUGCAGCCCAGGAACUGGGGCUGCUGGUCUUGGAGAGCUGCCCUCAGAAGAAGCUGGAGUGCAUCGUGCGGACUCUGCGGGUCAUCUGCAUCUGUGCAGAAGACUACUGCCGUGCCCAAGAGGCCAGGCCUGAGGGUGGAUCCCAGCCCCCGGCUGCUGCCAUUGGUGCUGAUGACUUGCUGCCCAUUCUGUCCUUUGUGGUGCUGAGAAGUGGCCUCCCCCAACUAGUAUCAGAGUGCGCAGCCCUGGAGGAAUUCACUCAUGAAGGGUACUUGAUUGGAGAAGAAGGGUACUGUCUGACAUCACUGCAGAGUGCUCUGAGCUAUGUGGAACUUUUGUCCCGGGGACGGCUGGACAAGUAGUGGUGGCUGGACCUCACAGACCAAAGGAGCCACAGAGCCUCCACACUGUUCUUUGUAUCUGGUUUGGGGACACCGGAGGCCAGCCUGCUGUGGUGGUAAUCUAGCUUGCCCACCUUCUUUACCAUAGAUCUGACCUGGAGGCCUAGGACAGUGCCUCUUGGCAGGACAUGGCUGCUGAAUCAGGCUUGCUCUGUCUUGAGCCUGCCUCUCAAACCCCAUAGGAGAAAUCUGUAGCUGCUGCUCCUUGGGGAGCCUGCAACACUGAAGGGGCUCCAGUAAACCUGAUGUUCUUGUGGACACUGGGCAGCCCCUAUAGGGUACCAGCAGAGAAAUGGCAUUGGGAGCCUUGCCAGGCCAAUCUGAUUUUACCCCCCUCCAGUCUCCUGAGACAGCCCGUUUGUGUGAGCCAGUGUCUUGUUAAUAACAAGUGGGCUUUACCCUGCCCCCGAGUGCGGGUGUAGGUAGUGUGAGGCUAUGCUGUUUAUUUACCAGGCAGCAACUGCUCUGUUCGCUUUUGCUGGCCCGGGUAUCACUGCACAGGCCCGGGAUGUGAGCCUUUCUCCUACCGAGGUCCAGGACAUCCUGCCCUGGGCUGGUCCUGGUUGGGGACAGUGAACUCCAUUCAGGACACUAGCUAACAAAUACAGUUGAACAGACUCUUCGGUGUCAGAAUCUAAAGCUUAGCCCCUGGACUGAUGUCUCCCAGUGGCCACCAACCAACUCAGACUAAAAUAAAGAAGUCACUCCAUCUAA